GGCCUAGCCCGGCAAACAGGCCUGUCCCGGACUGCCAGGUGUCAGGUACCGGUUCACCAAGCCACCCCGCCCACCUCGGGGACCCAGCUGCCAGUCCAGCUGCUCCCGCGGGCCCACAGCGCGCUGUGGAAAGGAGCGGACAGGCCAGAGGCUCCCUCGGGCCUACAAGUCUAGGCUAGGCAGUGUUUCCGAGUCCCAGGUGCCUCCAGAGGCCGAGUUCACAGCGCGGCCCACCCAGCAUCCGGGGGCGCUGUGAGGGGCGCUCGCCCAGCAGCGGAAAGGCCAUUCGUGUGGCGCAGGAGGGCGGGCCCGGCCGCCUGGGCGUGUCCCUUUCGCAGAACUGAGCUCACUGGCUCUUCUCGUCCAGACGGAGCGACGGGGCCGGCCGCAGCCUCAGCCAUGCUUUCCUCUUGGCCUGCAGCCUUGCUUUCAUGCCCUUCUUCACAGGGCAUCCUGCCUCACCUCCCAAGCCAGCCUCCCACGUCAGCUGGGUGGUGUACUAAUUCAUGGCCAGGAGCACUGACUCUUCCUGCUCCCACGUCACCUGGGCGGUGUACUGAUUCACGGCCGGGAGCACUCACUCUUCCUGCUCCCACGUCACCUGGGCGGUGUACUGAUUCACGGCCGGGAGCACUGACUCUUCCUGCUCCCACGUCACGUGGGCGGUGUACUGAUUCACGGCCGGGAGCACUGACUCUUCCUGCUCCCACGUCACCUGGGCGGUGUACUGAUUCACGGCCGGGAGCACUGACUGUUCCUGCUCCCACGUCACCUGGGCGGUGUACUGAUUCACGGCCGGGAGCACUGGCUGUUCCUGCUCCCACGUCACCUGGGCGGUGUACUGAUUCACGGCCGGGAGCACUGACUGUUCCUGCUCCCACGUCACCUGGGCGGUGUACUGAUUCACGGCCGGGAGCACUGACUGUUCCUGCUCCCACGUCACCUGGGCGGUGUACUGAUUCACGGCCGGGAGCACUGACUGUUCCUGCUCCCACGUCACCUGGGCGGUGUACUGAUUCACGGCCGGGAGCACUGACUGUUCCUGCUCCCACGUCACCUGGGCGGUGUACUGAUUCACGGCCGGGAGCACUGACUGUUCCUGCUCCCACGUCACCUGGGUGGUGUACUAAUUCACGGCCAGGAGCAUUGACUAUUCCUGGCCACCUCCUUGCACCUUUCCUGGUUCCCUCAGCCUCUCAAAGUUCUCAUCUUUCCUUUGAUGAGAAAGAGAAGGGCAGACUGAAAAUAGACUCACCACCCACCUGUCCUUUCCCCCGCCCCAUACUGGUGGACCAGCAUCACAGUAAAAAUAGUUAUCACUUAGUAAGAAUUCAUUAUGAGCCAACUUAGGAUUUUUGAUAAGAUAAAGUUCAGCAUAAUUUUACAUAAAAUUACAGUUUUUUCUUGAUAUAUUUUCUUCUCUUCUGCUUUCCACACCUAAUAAAACAUUAUGGAAAGUCUUGUUUUAUUUAUUUUGAGGACAGGCCUUAGGUAAAAUGUGGAAGUUUAUCUUGGAGCUUCCAGUCUUCAAGUUCUCUUCUCCUUUCCCCAUCCUCUGUCUUCUCCACUCUAUCCUAUCUUACCUCCGCUAGAGCCCAAACCCAGCCCCACUGAUUUUUCUCAAUCAAAGCUCAUUU